CAUGAAUGGAAAUGAAGAUUGACAAGAGGAUUCGGACUCAUGAGAAGGAGGAAGCAAUUGUUUGGUGAAUCAACCGAAAGACAAUUUUAUUAUUUCCAGAACAGAAUCCUAAGAAACCACUACAACCUUUCUUGAAACAAAACUAGUUACUGUUUUUGUUUUUCUUGCAUGAAUGAUUUGAAUUCUAUUAUCUAAUCUCGAAAUGGAGACUUUACCUUUGGAAAUCUGUAUGAAGAUAUUCUGUUUCUUAGAUCACCACCAUCUUGCUGUUUCUCAACAAGUUAAUAGGAAGUGGAAGCUCAUGGCCUCAGACAAUGCUCUAUGGGCAAAUCUCUUUAAGGAGAGAUGGGGAGAAGAUCGUGCUGCCUUUUACGCUCCUAAUGGUUCAAAAUCAUGGAAAGAAGUAUAUGAGGUGCAAGAUCGCUGUGAUCGAGUUGGACUGGGUUUGAAGAUUAUUAGAGAAGGAAGUGAUUACUAUCUUGUUCACCAAGGUGAAGUUCAACGAUAUCUGGGAUCAAGAAAAAUCCCGCGGCAAGUAACUGAUCAUUCUUUUAGUUCAGAAACAGACUUAACUGAAGGAAGUUCUCAAGCUGAAGAAAGAUCGUGUCGAGGAAUUUUGGACAAAAUCCUUUUCUUCAUUGGGGAUUUGGAAGCUGCUUCUGUUGAUGCCAAACGCAACCGUGUGAUAUAAUGAUCUCUAACAUUCAAUAUAAUAUUGAAGUUCAGUGUUGAACUUCUUUGUAAUUGUAUGUAAGCAUUAUUUUUAUGUAUAUUCUAAUUCAAUAAAUAUGUAUUGAUAUC